UGUUUCGUAUAAAUAGAUCGAAUCCUGACAACCGAAAUCACUUCCGACAGAUUCACGGUCGCAAGCACAAAGAUGAAAUUAGCUGCACUGAUUUUGGUCGCUUUGUUGGGCACGGCAAAUGCCUCCCUCAACGAUGACGUUCAAGACAUCUUGGACCUCAUCCCAACCGAAGAAAUCCGUGAAAUCACUCUUUGGUACGCGGAAAACGACGAACAGUUCCAGUGGGUUCUGGCUUACCUCCGAAGCGAUUCUUUCCAUGCGAUCGUUAACGCGAUUCGCAGCGAGCCAGCUUAUGACGAGUUCGUUGAAUUCCUGGCCUACCAAGGCAUCAACAUUUACGAGUUUAUCGCGAAGAUCCAGGAGAUUCUAGGACUCGACAGCGUCAGGAACGUGAACCUACCACGCUCCUACCGCACCGCGCCAAGAUCCUUCCACGGGUGGAUGGACGAGGUCUUGGCUCUCAUCCCCUUCGCAGAGAUCAGGGAACUCGCCAUAGAAAAAUCUCAGACCAGUGGAGACUUUCAGGAUUUGAUCGCGGCCAUAUCGAGCUCGGAGUUCCAGACCAUUGUUGAGGCGGUCGUCGCCGUCCCUGAGUACCAGGACCUUCUGACCGCUGGUCGUGACCAUGGAGUACCCAUUGACACCUGGCUUGACGCCAUCUACGCGUUUUUCGGCUGGACCAGGGCUUGAGUUACCGGAAAUUAGUUUCAGCCAUCGACUCCAAAUUCUGUUUAAAUAGAUUCAUCGCGAUGUAAUGACACUUCAAUAAACCACUCUAUUCAAUUGCAA